GAGAUCUUGCAGCAUAAAGAAGCUUCCUUUCACACACAGUCUCUCUCUCUCUCUCUCUCAUGGUCUCUGUCUCUCUAGCUUGCCAAUUUGAGAAUUUGGGAGAAAUCGCAAAACAACAAAGAAAAGAUCAUCAAAGAGAGAUGAAUUGGGUGAUGAUCAUCAAAGAAAAGAACAAAACAGAACAAAUCCAGAAAGGAACGCCAUGAGAGCUCCUGAUCAUCAUCAUCAUGUGACUCACCUUUUCAUUCUAUCAUUGUUUGUGUCCUUCAUAGUCCCACACCAACUCACAAGCUUCCCAGAUUUGAUCUCUAAUCAAACAAUCCCCAGAAGACUCCUCCACCAGCCCCUCUUUCCGGCCACCUCUGCUCCGCCUCCGGAACCACCACCACCUCCUCCACCCCCUUCCUCUCCCAAUUCCGACCAGCCAUUCUUCCCGGAAGUCCCCAACCCAGAUCAGACUCAGCCACCACCACCACCACCACAGGCCAAUGGCACCACCACCGCUGCCGUGGCAAACCCAGUUGCCACACAGCCAAUCAAACCGGCCAAGAAAGUCGCAAUCGCAAUUUCAGUCGGAAUUGUGACUCUAGGCAUGUUAUCAGCACUCGCAUUCUAUCUCUACAAGCACAGAGUGAAACACUCCGGCGCGUCCCAGAAGCUCGUUGGAGCGAAUUCGCAGAGGUUUCACGACGAAUCGAGACCACCACCGUCGAGUUUUCUGUAUGUUGGGACGGUGGAGCCGACGAACGAAUCGUCGGUCCAAGAGGGGACAAAUGGGUUGGUGUCGUCGCCGUACCGGAAAUUGGGUUCGGCUAAGAGAUCGGAUCGGUAUAGACCGAGUCCGGAGCUUCAGCCUCUUCCUCCAUUGCCAAAACCUCCACUUCCGAUCAUGAAUUCGCCUCCGCCAAUGUCGUCUUCCGAUGAGGAGAGUCAUGAGACGGAGUUUUAUACGCCACAGUGCUCGUUGGUGAGCAAUGAUGAUGGGUCUUCCACGCCUGGUUCACGGCGGAGCUGGGUGGCGGCGCGUGGGAAAGCUGAAGGUGGAGCCACCACCACCACUAAUUCUGUUCCUUUUUCCAUGCGAACUUCGCCCAAAACAAGGAUUUCAUUCUCGCCACCGAAUCCCAAACUCACCAUCAUUCCGUCAAUCAAGCAGAUUCCGCCGCCGCCGCCGCCACCGGCGUGUAUUCAGUCAAUCACCAACCAACCACCACCGCCACCGCCACCGCCACCGCCACCGCCACCAAUCUCAACGCCGAGGAAAUUAGAAGGGUCAGAAGCAAGUGUCACUUCUAGACCUUCCCAAGAAUUGAGACAGUUACAAUCAAGAAUUCCCAAUUCCAAAGCCAAUUUUGAGAAAGCAAGACCUGAAGAAUUAAACAAUGGUGUCGAUUCUUCAGAGAGGGCUGAUGGAGAUGAUGCAGAUGGAUCAAAACCUAGGUUGAAACCUCUGCAUUGGGACAAAGUUCGAGCAACAUCGGAUCGAGCAACGGUGUGGGAUCAGCUGAAAUCGAGCUCUUUUCAAUUGAAUGAGGAUAUGAUGGAAACUCUUUUUGGAUGUAAUUCGACAAAUUCAGUUCCAAAAGCUCCAAAAGAAGUAACUCGAAAAUCGGUUCUGCCUCCUGUUGAACAUGAGAACAGAGUGUUGGACCCAAAGAAGUCACAGAACAUAGCUAUACUGUUGCGAGCGCUGAAUGUGACCCGGGAUGAGGUGUCUGAAGCACUUCUAGAUGGAAAUCCAGAAGGCUUGGGCAGUGAUCUUUUGGAAACCUUGGUGAAAAUGGCUCCAACCAAAGAAGAAGAGAUAAAAUUGAAGGGCUACAAAGGCGACAUCUCAAAAUUAGGGUCUGCAGAGAGAUUUCUAAAGACUCUACUUGAUAUUCCGUUUGCCUUUAAAAGAGUUGAAGCCAUGCUAUACAGAGCAAACUUUGACACAGAAGUGAAGUACUUGAGGAAGUCUUUUCAAACCCUGGAGGUAGCAAGUGAGGAAUUGAAGAACAGCCGGUUAUUCCUCAAAAUCCUUGAAGCUGUUCUCAGGACAGGAAACAGAAUGAAUGUUGGAACCAACCGUGGCGAUGCUAUAGCUUUUAAACUCGAAACACUGUUAAAAUUAGUAGAUAUUAAGGGGACAGAUGGGAAAACUACUUUACUACACUUUGUGGUCCAGGAGAUUAUCAGAUCGGAAGGUACAGGUUCUGAUCCUACGACUGAAAGUCUCCCAAAUAAAAUGAACUCUAAAUUGAAGGAGGAGGAUUUCAAGAACCAAGGAUUGCAAGUUGUUGCCGGUUUAAGCAGAGAACUUGGAAAUGUUAAAAAAGCAGCAGGGAUGGACUCAGAUGUCUUGAACAGCUACGUGUCGAAGCUUGAAACAGGGCUUGAGAAAGUAAGACUGGUUUUGCAAUACGAGAAACCAAAUAUGCAAGGGAAAUUCUUCGAAUCAAUGAAAACAUUUCUCAAAGAGGCUGACGACGAAAUCACUGGGAUUAAAGUGGAUGAAAGAAUGGCAUUAUCGUUAGUGAAAGAGGUGACCGAGUACUUUCAUGGCAACGCUGCUAAAGAAGAGGCACAUCCUCUCCGGAUCUUCAUGAUUGUGAGAGACUUUCUCUCGAUAUUGGAUAAUGUGUGCAAAGAAGUAGGGAGGUUGCAGGAUAAUACGAUGGUCGGAUCUGCUAGAUCCUUCCGUAUUCCCGCAAAUGCAUCGUUACCCAUUCUUAACAGAUACAAUGUGAGACACGAUACUAGUUCGGAUGAGGAAAGCUCAUCACCAUAAGGAUAUGCUAGUAUGAAGCACUCGAAACUAUUUUAGGACUUUUUUGAUCGAAGAAAUCUUAUGGGUAUUUUACAUUCUUGUAUUUACAGCAUGUUGAAGGAAUAGGAUUAUAAGGAACAGCAAAUCGCUUCAAUUUGUUGAAGAAUUUUGUUCUGGGCAAGGGCAUUAGUUGACUGCCAGUUCAAUGUGGCUUCUGCUGCGGAUGUUGGUUUGGUAGAACCAUCAGGUUACUAGAGGAGCUUCUCAAUGUCGAGUUAAGUGUGUUCCAUACAUACUAGACACACAAGGAUCACUCACUUUGAAGAGUAGAGCUUCUUCCAAAUGAAGAAAAGUAUGUAGAAUAAUAGAAGAAUCGAGAGCUGCACGUCAAAUAAAAACAUGAACAAGAACAAGAUGCUCUGCAUAGUUCCGGCCAAUCACAUGAAAGCGACACCAAAGGCAAUCAACAUUCGAAACCAGUCAGUAAAGCCAGCACCGAUUGCUGAAUCAAGAAAAGACACUUCUUUUUACUCUUUUUUAGCAGUUCAACUGAAAUUAGUAUAGUUGAUUUUUUUUUUUUCCAUUUAAAUACGUCUUCAGGAGAAAUAGUGUUUUGAUGCCAUACAAUACCUAAGUCUUCCUUUUUAAUGAUAUUUUUAUUGAUAAUUAGCAAAAUGUUAUCAUCAUGGGACA